UCAAGAAAGAUAAAGUCAUAAAAACUGUAGCAGCUGCAAUAAAAGGAUCAUCUGAGCUAAUGGUCUACGGGCUGGGAUCAUAUUUUGAGGAAGAGCACCCUGAUUCUCCUUUGCAGUUAACCAAUGAACAAAAUAGGUUUAGUACAUUCUAUUAUUAUGAGGGAAACGGAGACCAGAGAGCUCUUGCAAGAAAUGGAUUUCAUCACAAUCGUAACGACGGACCUACUUCAACAAAAUGUUUUUAUUGUGAAUUUACUUGGAAUACAUGGCAACCCAAUGAUGAUGUGCUAAUUGUCCAUAGACAAAGGUCACCAAAUUGUACGUUUAUCAACAGAAGCAUAUCUAGCGCCGAACAAGUUGCUGCGAUGGAAUCAGUAACUGUCCGAACAAAUAUAACGGAGAGGCAAAUUGGUCAUAGUCAUACAAGAGCUGGCGUUUCAGAGACUAAUCGACUCAUCGAUCUAGCAAGGACACGCACAGUACAUCAAAGGAAUAGGGAAGAAAUUACAGAAACGAGAGAGUCCCAAUGUGGCGAACACGGCUUUGGUGCAUCUGUACGGAACGGUUUAAGGAGUCGGUCUAAUGACGGGUCAUACCAGGAAACAGGCUACGGUUCAAACUCCGAAUUUGUUUCUUCACAUGAAAACAAUCGUCAAAGAUGUAACACAGAGGAACAAAGUAGCAACAUGCAGACAAGUUACCGUCUGAAUGCCAUGGAAACAAUGAACUAUCCAAAACAUCUAGAUUAUGUCAAUCUCCAACGUAGAUUAGACUCCUUUAGCAGCUGGCAAAAUGAUCAGUUGAUACAACCAAGAGCUCUCGCAGAAGCAGGUUUCUUCUACGCCGGGUUUGGUGAUUGUGUACGUUGUUACUUUUGUGAUGGUGGUUUACAAAAUUGGGAGGAGGGAGAUGAUCUAUUGAAGGAACAUUUACGAUGGUUUCCACAUUGUAAAUUCAUUACAAGUGUAAAAGGACAGGCGGAGAGAGAACAGACUCAAAGAAAGACAGGAGUAGGAGUGAUGAAUCCUAUGACCAGAAGAAUCAUACAAACUAUGGAGAAUAUGGGGUUUAAAUCUGAUGUCGCGAAGCUUGCGGUUAUGGCAGUAAAAAAUCAAACUUCUGGGCAGUAUGAUGUGAUGCUCAAUGAAGCAGUUACCUGGGCUUUAGAUCAAGAAAGUAAUAACAGAGACGACCAGACUCAGCCGCAGGCAUGUGCCCCUUUAGAAUCUUCAGACGCUGUUGCGGGAGCUACCGGGUCUUCACCAUCAACAUCUACCAACUGUCAAGAUGUUGCGUGUUUAAAAGCAGAAAACCAGCAGCUUAGAGAGUUGCUCAGAUGUAAAAUAUGUUUGGAUAGGCAGAUGGAAGUUACCUUCUUACCAUGCGGUCAUCUAGUUUGCUGUUUUGUAUGUGCUGCUAACAUACACAAGUGUCCUUUCUGUAGGAAAGAGAUAAGUGGCACUACCAAUACAGGUAUACCUCAUUGAUAACAAACGAGAGAAAACUCAGCAUGGCAAACCCCGUGGUGAAAUUGAUAGUGAGACUCCUUUGCAGGGGAGGGUGAACGAUGUUGCAGCUUACAUUAUCUCUUUUAAACAGGCUUAAUCAAACCGAGUCUUCCAGACAGAUGUUCUAUUGUUCACAAGGGGUCUCCGUUUUCCAGAUUUUCAUAUUCACGAAUUGAGAUAUUUGAAAAAGAUUGAAGGCGAAUUACAUUGCAUACUGAAGCUCUAUGAACACCAAGUCUCGGAAAAGGUCCUAUCAACAAAGGCAGCUAAAUGCUUAGUUUUAGCGAGAGAAAAUUGCAGUUUGAAUUUACUUAAAAUUUCUUUUAUACAUUGAUUAUUGCAGGGAAGUAUACAUAGACAUGUACUACAUUAUUGCAAACAGCAAAUGCGUAUGAAACACAAAAAUGCAAUUAAAAUAGAAUAAAAUAAUUAAAAAACGUGUUCUGUGCUACCCUAGGAUUGCCCAUUAAGCUUUAAAGCUUUUUUCCAAAAGGAAAAUUAAUAAUAUAUACUUACACAUGUUAAUAUUGACUGUAGUCAUUAGCAAUAUAUACAUGAUAUUCAUAUGUAACUUUUCUUUGCAAACUUAACUCUUUUAGACUAUAGCUAUUUCGGUAAAUAAUUAUUACUGUAACAAGUCAAUAUAUUCUGCAAUAAAUUGCUUCUUGAAAAAUG